UGACAGAGAGGUGCUCUUCCUGUGGAGAAGAUGUGACGCAGCACCUCAUAGGCUGCCCCACGUGCCAGAAAAUUAGUUGGCUUCUCUAAAUGGUUAAAUUGGUAAUAGUUUCCUGAGUAGUUUUAUUGCAUCUGCAUGCUGGAGAUUCACUGCAGACGCACUACUGCCCUUUUUAGUUUUUUUCGCCCUGCCCUUCAGACAGCCUGAGUCUGCCACUGGCGUCUGAUAUAUGAAUGUGGGAGCUGGCAGGCACGUGCAGUACUGACAGCUUUUGGACUGAGGACUUGGUCAGGCGGAAAAAGUGGAGUGGUCAGCACUCAGGGGAUGUGAGGGAUACCAAGAGCAUGGCUGUAGCUAUCACCAGCAGGGGAAGGCAACUGAGAGGGCUGUUAGCCAGCCCAGGUCAGGAACUCCACAGAGGGAUGGUAGCAGUGAUGAGACCCAUCUGAGCUGUGCUCCAUUUUUAAUGACACCCGGCCUCAGAAUAGAUGUGGAGCAGCAGUGCUGGUCUGACCUGGUCACACACUAAGAAGCACCCUCAUUAAUCCUUCCUGGGGAAAUCAGUGAGAGGAGACCGUACAAUGAUGAAGAGACUGUAUCUUCUUUGAUUUAGGAUGACGGCAGCCCUAUUGAUCUACUUGAAAGGUGUCAAAUAUUGAACACAGCUGACAGGCCUACAAUGUCAGAGUAACUGUACAGUAUCAUGAUAAAACUCUGAAGGAGGGCCUGAAGGGCAGAAUGAAGACAGCAGGAUAAACACAGUAAAGCUUCAGCUUUUAUGUGACAGUAACGGGGCCUUCAGUAAACUGGGUGAUUAUCCGAACAAUGACAGAGGAAUAGGCUCCAGCAGGUCAACGAAGAGGUGAGUAAAGGGGCUGUGCUGUGGAAACUUCAAUUAUAUAUCAGUCCAGGACAAGGAGGUGACCAUGGAAACGGAAAUAGGAACUAUAAGAAACCCGAGCAGGUGUGAUGCCUUCUCGUUAACAUAAGACGAGCAGCACACAGGUACAGCACAAUCCGUCUUCUCUGUGUGGACCGACUGCUCUUCCCAUUGUCUCGCCAUGGACUUGCCAUCUUUAUUGCUUUGCAUACUUUUGGUAGUCCUCGCUGUAAACUGUCAAGACAGAGGACAGGAACGCAUAGUGGGAGGAUAUGCACCCGUUCCACAUUCAAUCAAGUACAUUGUGUCGAUACAGACAACAGAGCGCCGGCACUUCUGCGGGGGCUCCUUGAUAAAUAAAUACUGGGUGGUCACAGCAGCGCACUGUAACGUUGGGGUAAACAGAAUGAUGGUAGUGGCAGGGGACUACUCUCUGACCAUCUAUGAGGGCACAGAACAAGAAAUCCUGCCCCAGCUUUUGGUUCCCCACCCCAAGUACAACAGCUCCACCAACGACAAUGACAUCAUGCUCAUAAAGCUGAAGGCCCCGGUUGAUCUGAACAACUACGUGUCCAUUGCUCUGCUGCCCCGGCAGGACGCCUCCAUAGCGGAGGGCAGAGUGUGCCGAGUAUCAGGUUGGGGAUACACCAGCCCCAAUGGAGGCCAGAUCCCCUCCACCCUCCGGACCGUCAAGCUUCCCAUCAUCUCCACAGAAAGAUGCAACAACAGUGAGUCCUUUGACGGCAAUAUCACAGAGAACAUGCUCUGUGCCGGUUACCAUGCCGGUGGAAAGGAUGCCUGUCAGGGGGACUCUGGAGGUCCACUUGUAUGUGAGGGCCGUGUUUAUGGUGUGGUGUCAUGGGGAAGAGGAUGUGCUGAAGCCCAGUUUCCUGGAGUUUACACUGCUGUGUCAAAGUACCGCAGGUGGAUAGACAACACCAUAUUUAGUUACUACAGCAAGUGUAACAAGGAUUAGAACCCAGUGUUAUUGAAAUUUAAGAUAAAAAAAAAACACUCAGUGGAAACUAUUGUUAAAUUUCCAUUCUUUGAUGUAAUAUAUGUUAUUUUUACUAUUUGUGAACUUGCUUUCUUGUCGGGAGUAAGAAGACACUGUCAUGGAUGCCAUUGGAUUAUCUCAGCAUAAAGACUGCAAACAGGAGGAAACAGCUGGCUUUGCUCUCUCUUAUGGAUAACACAAAAAAACAAACAAACAAAAAAACAAAACACCUUACAUCAAUGCUAAUUAUAUUUUCUAGUAUUAAAGAAAAAUUAUUUGGUUGGUACAAAGCUAAGCUAAUCAUUUCCAGCAGUAUUGAUCUUCUCAUCUAACUCUCAGCAAGAAUGUGAGGAAGUGAAUUUCCAAAAAUUACAAACUAUUUCUUUGAGUUUUUAAACUUGAAUAUUUAUCAUGUCUGUUUUUGAUCCUUUAAAAGCAUAAAAAAAAGAGUUAUGGCAACCGCACCAACACCCCUCUGGUAAAAACAACAAAAAAAGGACAUACAACCACAUUUUCACACCAUCAGUGAGGUGCCAUAUCACAGCUUAUUGCUCAUGUUAACAGUAAAGUGGGUCUAACCGGUGCUGCAACUAUGACAUCAAAUAUCACAUGAGUAUUCAGUGCACACAGGAAACAAAACAUUUCAA